AUGGCUGCUGCCAGCUGUCUGCUGACUGAACAUCAGUUCCUGUGCUCCAUCUGUCUGGAUGUGUUCACUGAUCCAGUCACCAUACCAUGUGGACACAACUUCUGUAAAACCUGCAUAACUGAACACUGGAACGUUAAUGCCCCGUGUCAGUGUCCUAACUGUAAAAAGCUUUUCAACACAAGACCAGAGCUUCAUGUCAACGCUUUCAUCUCUGAGAUGGCUGCUCAGUUCAGACAGUCAGCUCAACAGAAAGCCAGCAGCAGCAGCUCAGAGCAACAAGUUUCCAAACCAGCAGAAGGUCUCUGUGACAUCUGCACUGGAACCAAACUGAGGGCACUGAAGUCCUGCCUGGUGUGUCUGGUCUCCUACUGUGAGACUCACCUGGAGCCUCAUCUGAAAAUGUCACGGCUGAAAAAACAUAAGCUGAUCGACCCUGUGGAGAACCUGGAAGACAGGAUGUGUAGAGAGCAUGAUAAACUUCUGGAAAUGUUCUGUAAGGAUGACCGCAUGUGCAUCUGCAUGCUCUGCACUGUUUUGGAUCACAAGACACAUGAUGUUGUUCCUCUGAAGGAAGGAUAUGAAGGAAAGAAACUCGAGCUGGAAUCCGAAAUUCAGCAGAUGAUCCAGAAGAGACAACUGAAGAUUGAGGAGAUCAAACGCUCAGUGAAUCUCAGUCAGAGAGGUGCAGACAGAGAGAUAGCAGAUGGUGUUCAGGUCUUCACUGCUCUGAAGGAGUCUGUUGAGAGAAGCCAGGCCGAGCUCAUGGACACGAUCAAAGAGAAGCAGAGAAAGACAGAGAAACAGGCUGAAGGCUUCAUUAAAGAACUGGAACAGGAAAUCUCUGAGCUGAAGAAGAGAAGCGCUGAGGUGGAGCAGCUCUCACACUCUGAAGACCACCUUCACUUCCUCCGAAGCUUCUUGUCCUUGAACACUGCUCCACCCACCAAGGACUGGACAGAAGUCAAUGUCUGUCCAACUACAUUUAAGGGGACAGUGAGGAGAGCUGUGAAUCAGCUGGAGGAGACACUUAAUGAAGAGAUAACGAACCUGUUUAAGGCUGAGCUGAAGAGGAUCCAGCAGUAUGCAGUGGAUGUGACACUUGAUCCUGAUACAGCACAUGGCUGGCUCAUCAUUUCUGAUGAUGGAAAACAAGUUAAACAUGGUUAUAUAAAGAAGGAUCUCCCAGACAAUCCAGAGAGAUUUGAUUCUUUUUUUGCUGUGUUAGCAGAGCAGAGUUUCUCCUCAGGAAGAUUUUACUAUGAGGUUCAGGUUAAAGGGAAGAUUCACUGGACUUUAGGAGUGGCCAGAGAGUCAGUCAACAGAAAGGGAGAGAUCACACUGUUAUCACAGAAUGGUUACUGGACGAUUUCUAAGAGGACUGAAAAUGUGUACUGUGCUGAGGAUGAUGAUUUUAAAGUCACUCUCUCUCUGAAGUCUCAGCCUGAAAAGGUGGGAGUGUUUGUGGAUUAUGAGGAGGGUGUGGCCUCCUUUUAUGACGUUGAUUCUGCAGCUCUCAUCCAUGCUUUUACUGGCUGUUCCUUCACUGAGAAACUCUACCCACUUUUCUGUCCUUCUUAUGUCAUCUACCGAUCAUUCUUCCAGUAUAUGGAUAAAAACACUGCCCCAAUGAUCAUCUCUCCUGUCAGUCACACUGAGUAG